AUGACGGCCUGGCCGAAGGAGGUGGUCGAGGAGGCGCUACGUCUACCACCUACCAGUGCGCUACCGCGCAUCCGGACAGAGCCGCCGCUCGAGCGCAUUCAGACGGCUCUGCAACAUAUGGAUAUUGUAUACACGCCUUCGACGACCCUGGAGCCUUGCGACGAAGAAUGGGAGGCUCUGCAAGAUCGUAUUGAUGCAGCGCGGGCAGAUCCUACAGAGCGUGCCUUUGUGCAGGCAUGGCUCACGCGCCUAAUCGAAUCGGAGAUCGCCUGGCUCGAAGAUACCCCGGCACGCCGUGCCCUGCUGGAUCAGGCGGCGUCCUGUAUGGCCUCCAUGUCCUCAGCGCUGGAGGCUGGCGACUUGGUUCGUGAGUUUACAUUUCCCAUGGAGGCCGAAACGAUCCCCUCCUGUGUCCAAGGCGGCCCUGGCAUGUCCGUGUCGAUCACAGUGCGUGACGCGGCCCUUCCGCCCUCGGACGCACAGAGUGUUCAAGGCGCAGCGGAGGCCGCUGACGCGGUCGGUAUGCAGACCUAUGCAAGUUCCAUUUUGAUGUGUGACUUGUUUGUGCGACGACCUGGUGCAUGGCAUCGCGCCCUUGAGGCAGAAGCGUCGCCGCGCUCGACGCUUACCGUGAUGGAAUUGGGGGCAGGGACAGGGAUUGUGGGGAUGGUCGUAGCACGCGCACUCGAUCAACACAUCAGCCCUGUGCAGCAUGCUACCGUAUACCUUACAGACUACCAUGCUGAUGUGAUGACCAACUUGCUGCACAAUGUAAAGGAGCAUUUGCACGUUGCCAAGGAUCGUGUCGAGGUCGUGUGCGAGGCUUUGGAUUGGCGCGCUUUGCAUGAUCUCGUGUACCCAGACGAAGCCUGUGGGGAGACCGUAGCCUGCCGGAUCCCUCCGCCACAAUCCAUCUCCUUGCUGCUGGUGGCGGACCCUAUCUACUCGCCAAUGCAUGCGACAUGGCUCCUGCCUGCGAUUGUAUACCUUCUGGCCCUCCCUACCACGGACCCUGAUGCACGCGCGCAUAUUCUGCUGCCUGUUCGUGUGGCUGGCCGCCUGGCGGAGCUGUACAAGACGGUGGAUGUAGCACUAGCCCGCCAAGCACCGCGGCAAGGUUUCCGGCUGUGCCGCCAAUCGCAAACGCACUUACCACGGCGCUACGGCUUAGGACGGCGUGAUGAGCGCGAGUACAUCUGGACAGUACUUGCAUGGGAAAAGCUGGUGUAA